AUGUUAGCCGUGCACUUUGACAAGCCGGGUGGACCAGAAAACCUUUACGUAAAGGAGGUGGACAAGCCCAGCCCGGGGGAGGGUGAAGUCCUCCUGAAAGUGGCGGCCAGCGCCUUAAACCGGGCGGACUUAAUGCAGAGACAAGGCCAGUAUGACCCACCUCCAGGAGCCAGCAACAUUUUGGGACUUGAGGCAUCUGGGCAUGUGGCAGAGCUGGGGCCUGGCUGUCAGGGACACUGGAAGAUCGGGGAUGCAGCCAUGGCUCUUCUGCCUGGUGGGGGCCAGGCUCAGUACGUCACUGUCCCUGAGGGGCUCCUCAUGCCUAUCCCAGAGGGACUGACCCUGCUCCAGGCUGCAGCCAUCCCAGAGGCCUGGCUCACCGCCUUCCAGCUGUUACAUCUUGUGGGAAAUGUUCAGGCUGGACACCACGUGCUAAUCCAUGCAGGACUGAGUGGUGUGGGCACAGCUGCGAUCCAACUCACCCGGAUGGCUGGAGCCAUUCCUCUGGUCACAGCUGGCUCCCAGCAGAAGCUUCAAAUGGCAGAAAAGCUUGGAGCAGCUGCUGGAUUCAAUUACAAAGAAGAGGAUUUCUCUGAAGCAACGCUGAAAUUCACCAAAGGUGCUGGAGUUAAUCUUAUUCUAGACUGCAUAGGCGGAUCCUACUGGGAGAAGAAUGUCAACUGCCUGGCUCUUGAUGGUCGCUGGGUUCUCUACGGUCUGAUAGGAGGAGCUGACAUCAAUGGGCCCCUGUUAUCAAAGCUACUUUUUAAGCGAGGAAGUCUGAUCACCAGUUUGCUGAGAUCUAGGGACAAUAAGUACAAGCAAAUGCUAGUGAAUGCUUUCACGGAGCAAAUUCUGCCCCACUUCUCCAAGGAGGGCCCCCAACGUCUACUGCCGGUUCUGGACAGAAUCUACCCAGUGACCGAAAUCCAGGAAGCCCAUAAGUACAUGGAGACCAACAAGAACAUGGGCAAGAUCGUCCUGGAAGUACCCCAGUGAAGGAAGAGGGGACAGGACAGGACGCGGCCACCCCAGGCCUUUCCACAGCAAACCUGGAGUAGAUUUACAAUAGACAGGCAGAAACCAGGUGCUUCCCCCAGUCGUGUAAAGCUGGUCUAAGGAAAUAAAGAGGGUACUGG